AUGGCCAUAUCACAAGUAAAUUUUCAAAUGGCACGGGUGAAAAUAUGGAAGUUUUUAAAUUUGGGGAAGACGCCUCCUGCUUGGUUAUAUGCUUUGAUACGUCAUAGUCCUGGAGACAAUGAACAUCAACACGAAUUUUAUUUAUCUGAAGCAUUCGACAGCGAUUAUGAAACCGUACUUUUGUGUCAAAAAUGCCACAGUUGGUUUCAUUUAACGACCACCGCAUCAAACAUUUCUGGAGAUAAUGACCGUAUGAACCUAGAACAAGGAAGAUGCGUUUCCAAUCGUGAUACUAACUUACAUCACUUACAUACAACAACUAUGACAAGAACAUGUAUUUCAUCUAAUUGUUGUUUGUGCAAUUUUUCUGUGAAUGUCAAAAUUAGUGAUCCUUUAAUCGAUAUGGGAAUAUUUAAUGAUUUGAGUAAAUUAAGGAGACUUUCUUCUUAUGCGAAUAUUGUAAGAACUACCUCCGAAUCUGAAUUCAAAGCAAGUUUAAACGAUGUCAUUGAUUAUAUGAUAAAAAUAGUCGAUGAUGUACUCAAUGAUGAUAUUCUAUCUCUAACAAGACACUGCGAAGAAUUUCAAGGGAAAGUUGGUUUGGAUGAAGCGAGCCAGGCUUUUUUCCAAAGACUUGGUUUCCAUUUUGAGAAUAAUUGUCUUAGUCCAACUGAAACUUUAACCAAACAUAAUAUUAAAUUAGCAAAAGAAGAGCUAAGAAUGAUAUCUUUCGAGUUGAAUUCAUAUUUGAAAAUGAAUGCGAAAAAGCCUUAUGAAAAACUAGGCAAUAUUCUUGGAACGAAAUACAACAUUUGUUUCAGCGGUUCUUGUACGAAAUUUGACCCUUCGAUUGCAAUUCGUCCAUCACAGGCUAGUUGUUUUUUCUUAGGUUGCAUGCCUGAUAUGGACGACCAAACUUUAAUUUGGGCAUAUAAGUUAGGAAUACAAGAAUUUCCGGAAAAAACUUCAGAAUAUUUACAGGCAAUAUAUGAUAUGUCAAAAGAGAAGAAAAGUGAAGCUCUAGAAGAGUUGGUUGUCACAGAACGAUCUUUAGGCAAAUUUAGUGAAGAUGAACUUAAGGAUUCUUAUAAAUGUUUAAACGUGGAGGAUUUCUCCGUUUCCGAACAAUUUUUAAUCGAUACUUAUAAUAUAUCACAACCUUCUUCAAGAGCAAAUUAUCGAAAUGCCUUAACUAUAAUUGGAAAGGCUAGAAAAAGUGAAAAAUUAAUAAAUUUUGUAAAUGAGGGACAAAUAAACGAGGUGCAAAUGUUGGAUUAUUUUUCAGAAAUGCCAGUAGGGUUGGACAACAUUGGGAACACUUGUUAUCUUAAUUCUUUGUUACAGUAUUAUUUUACAAUACGACCAUUACGUCAAGCUGUUUUGAAGGAUUCAUCUAGUGCUGAUGGUCAUGAACUGGACUGGCAAUCUAUAACUAUUGGUCAUAGAAAAGUGUCAAGAGCCGAGGUUGAAAGAGCAAAUAAAUAUUUGGCAUAUUUGGCUCUUGUCAAUGCCAAAAGUGAGGAAGAAGAAAACAAAGAUUCAUCGAAAUCUCCCAUGGAUUUAUCAAAUACUUUAUAUGAUGAUAAGAUGGCUAUCGAUGAUUCUAGCCCUGGCCCAUCAUAUAAGGAUACAGAUCAUGUUAUGUCAUCUGAGACGAAUGAUCACAAUUAUACUUCUGAAGAAGAGACUGUUGUAAUGGAAGGCACUGCAGCUUCAAAUGGAGGUGCGAUGUCUCCCAUUAAUAACGAAAGCAUGUACCAACCAAAUGAUGAAUCAAAUACAUCUUAUUCCUUAAAGGGAAAGGAGAAAGAAAGUAAUCAGACGGACUUAUCAACCGAUUUAUUUAACACUACUAAAGAAGAAAAACUUAGAACAGCUUCAGAAAUGUUGUUUGGAAAACAGCAAGAUGUCACCGAAUGUAUGGAUAAUGUCAUGUUCCAACUCGAAGCUGCAUUGAAAUCAUCAUUUAUGACUGAUGAAAAUGGCGAAAAGCAAAAUAUUGUGAAGAGGUGA